AUGAGAAAACUAUUGUUCUUUCAUAACCACAGCUUAGAAUAUGAUUCUACCAUUGGACACGGUGGUUACGGAACGAUCUAUAAGGUUUAUUCUAGUAAAUACCAAACAUUUUUUGCUUUGAAGCAGAUCCCCGAAGAACAGUUCAAUGAAGCCGAGGUUGAAUGCUUGAAAUCCAUUGAUGAUCCUCGAAUUGUUAAUCUCUACAAAUAUUACAGCUUCAACCACUCAAUUUAUCUUCUUAUGGAGUAUUGCCCGAGCGACUUAUAUCAUUUUAUACGAGAUAAACCAAAUCUGUCACAAUCCGAAAUUAUCAGGCUUAUUCACGAAGCAGUCCUCUGUGUCAAAAGCUGCCACGACAGAGGUAUUUCACAUUGUGAUAUCAAGCCUUCCAACUUUUUAGUGGACAAGUACGGUCGCAUUAAGAUAUGUGCUUUUGGCCUAUCUUCAAUCUGUUCCUCAACCGAAUUACGCCACGAUUUUAAAGGAACAAAAGUUUUUCUUUCCCCAGAAAUCGUAAAGCGUGUUGAUUACAACCCGUUUUCAUCAGAUAUUUGGUCACUUGGAGUAACAUUGUUCUAUAUUGCAACACGUUCUCUUCCAUUUGCAAAUUACAAUUCAAAAAUUCUUUCAGAGAGAAUUUGCAACGGAAUUUAUGAUGCAUCACGUAUUACUAACCCAGAGAUUCGUGAUAUCGUUGCAAAAUGUCUCACAAUUAACCCAGAAAUGAGGCCCUCUUGCACUGAUCUCGUUAAUUUUCCAUUUUUCUCUAACUUAUCUAACAAGCGCAUGGAUCUCCGCAUAUCAAAAUCUAUCCGCAGUAAUCCAGUGAUCAUAAGACCUAAGAUUGACGUCAGAAAGACUAUUUCGACAUAA